AUGAACCAGCCCAGGCCCCGAUACGUGAUAGACCGAGCUGCGUACUCCCUCCCCCUUUUCGAUGAGGAAUUUGAGAAGAAGGACAGAACUUACCCAGUGGGCAAAAAGCUUCGUGAUACUUUCAGAUGUUCCUCUGCCAGGGUCAAAACUGUGGUAUUUGGGCUUCUCCCUAUCCUCUCCUGGCUCCCCAAAUACAAGAUCAAGAACUAUAUCGUGCCUGAUCUGCUUGGGGGAUUGAGUGGGGGGUGCAUCCAGGUCCCACAAGGCAUGGCUUUUGCACUGUUGGCCAACCUUCCUGCAGUCAAUGGCCUCUACUCAUCCUUCUUCCCCCUCCUGACCUACUUCUUCUUGGGAGGCGUGCAUCAGAUGGUGCCAGGUACCUUUGCUGUUAUCAGCAUCCUGGUGGGUAACGUCUGUCUGCAGCUGGCUCCGGAGUCAAAAUUCCAAGUCUUUAACAAUGUAACCAACACAAGCCAUGUGGACAUAGCAGCCAUGGAAGAGGAGAGACUGCAUGUGUCAGCAACAUUGGCUUGUCUAACAGCCAUCAUUCAGAUGGGCCUAGGCUUUGUGCAGUUUGGCUUUGUGGCCAUCUACCUGUCUGAGUCCUUCAUCAGAGGCUUCAUGACUGCUGCUGGGCUGCAGAUCCUGAUCUCCGUGCUCAAGUACGUCUUCGGGCUGACCAUCCCAUCCUAUGCUGGCCCUGGGGCCAUUGUCUUGACCUUCAUCGACAUCUGCAAAAACCUGCCCCAUACAAACAUUGCUUCACUUGUCUUUGCCCUGAUCAGUGCUGUCUUCCUGGUACUGGUGAAAGAGCUCAAUGUCCGGUACAUGCACAAGAUCCGUUUCCCCAUCCCCACAGAGCUGAUUGUGGUGGUGGUGGCAACGGCUAUCUCUGGGGGUUGUAAGAUGCCCAAGAAGUACCACAUGCAGAUUGUGGGAGAGAUCCAACAGGGAUUCCCCACCCCAGUGUCCCCCGUGGUCUCCCAGUGGAAGGACAUGAUUGGCACAGCCUUCUCCCUGGCCAUCGUGGGUUAUGUCAUCAACCUGGCCGUUGGUAGGACCCUGGGAACCAAACAUGGUUAUAAUGUGGAUUCUAACCAGGAAAUGAUUGCUCUGGGCUGCAGCAAUUUUUUUGGCUCUUUCUUUAAAAUUCACGUCAUUUGCUGUGCUCUCUCAGUCACCCUGGCUGUGGAUGGAGCAGGGGGCAAAUCCCAGGUAUCAAGUCUGUGUGUGUCUCUGGUGGUGAUGAUCACAAUGCUGGCAUUGGGGGUCUAUCUAUACCCCUUACCCAAAUCUGUGCUAGGGGCCCUAAUUGCUGUCAACCUCAAGAAUUCUCUUAAGCAACUCACUGACCCCUAUUACUUGUGGAAGAAAAGCAAAUUGGAUUGUUGCGUCUGGGUUGUGAGUUUCCUCUCCUCCUUUUUCCUCGGAUUGCCCUAUGGUGUGGCAGUGGGUGUCUCCUUCUCCGUUCUAGUGGUUGUCUUCCAGACCCAAUUUCGUAACGGCUCUGCCCUGGCCCAGGUCAUGGCCACAGAUAUCUAUGUGAACCCUAAGACCUACAAUGGGGUCCAGGAAGUAGAAGGAAUUAAAAUCCUGACUUACUGCUCUCCACUGUACUUUGCCAACUCAGAAAUCUUCAGACAGAAGGUCAUUUCCAAGAUAGGUGUCGAUCCCCAGAAAGUGUUCCUGGCCAAGCAGAAAUACCUAAAGAACCAGGAGAAGGGGUCCAAGAUGCCCACAAAACAGAGGAAAUCCCUGUUCUUGAAAAAAAAGACUGUCUCCCUGCAGGAACUCCAGCAAGACUUUGAAGUUGUUUCCCCCACUGAUACCAACAACAAUCAAACAGCUGCCAAUGGGACUGGGGUCUCCUAUAUCACCUUCAGCCCAGAGACCCCCACACCCUCCGAAGAUGAGCCACCAGCCCCCUUCACACCAUCCGGUAAAGCUGAGGACUCCCUAGCCAGUGUCCCACCCUUCAUCUCCUUCCACACCAUCAUCCUGGACAUGAGUGGGGUCAGCUUCGUUGACCUUAUGGGCAUCAAAGCAUUGACAAAGCUGUCCUCCACCUAUGAGAAGAUUGGUGUGAAGGUCUUCUUGGUGAAUAUUCAAGCCCAAGUGUACAAUGACAUUAAUCUUGGAGGUGUCUUUGAGGACGGGACCCUAGAACGAAACCACAUCUUUCCCAGCAUCCACGACGCUGUCCUUUUCGCCCAGACCAGCAGCAGAGCAGUGGUCACAGGACAAGACUUAAGAGCGGCUCCAGUGAACACUGAACUUUCUAUGUAUGAUUCAGACGAUGGUGGAUCUAGCUACCGUGAUCUGGAACAGGAGAUAUUUGGGAGCAUGUUCCACUCUGAGACACUAACAGCUCUGUGAGGCUUCAGCGGGAGCCCUUGACAUCUCCAGCAUCUCCCAUUCCCCAGGAGCUUCUAUGAAGGAGAGUCUAACCCUUUGAGCCUAGGAUUGUGUCAGAAACCGACCUCCAGAGGCAUGGCUGGGUGCAGGAAAGCACAUACACCAAGAUUCCUGUCUUCACCUUCUCCAUCCUCUUCCUCUUUCUUCUGCUUGGACCCUCCAGAAGGACACAACCAUUGCAGCACAGAGUUCUCAGGCCUGGCAGGAGCAAAGACUUGGAGAGUCAGCCUUCUCAGCCAUCCCUCAGCUCCUCAGAGUUCUGACUGUUACUAAAGAGACAUCUACUGCCCAAGGCAGUUGGAAAGGCCUCUCAUCUUCCUAGACUUUAGGGUAAGCCAAGACAGAAGGAAAAAGGUAAAAUUCUGACAUAAAGCCAAAAACUGAAAACCUUGAAACAACCAUAUACCACCACACUUGGAUGCCAGCAGGUUCCAGGCUGCUCAAGAGCACUGGGCCUCAGACCAUGGAAGGUGGGAAUUUUCUACAUUGAGUUUGACUAAUAUUUUGUGGCCUCACCUCCUUCUGGGACCAACUGCAUUGUUGGCAAUUUCUGUGCCUCCAUUCCCUCCUCUGAGGCCACAUUUACUGUCUUUCCUGAAUCCAACAGUCCAUUUUCAGGGACUACAUUCAUUCCCUCCAUUGCCCCACAUUUGCCAAGGUCACUGUGCCUAAGCAGUACACCACUGCCUGCGCAUGGGGAAUGACCAGGGGCCAAAAACACUUUCUCUUCCACCUUACACAUGCCCCCUUAGAACUGGCCCUCUAGAGGUCAGAGUGCCCUUGUUGAGUCCCAUCCUGGAUGCUGGGUGCCAAGAAUGUAAAGUACUGAGCAGCAAAAACUCCAACAACAAAUACACGCAAAGUACAGAGAUCUGAAUCUAUACAUGAGACUGAGGGAGGCUGGUACCAACCUAGCACAACCUGGUAUCAGGCUGGAUUCCAGCAAUGGCACCUGAUGGUCCUCCAGAUCCCAUGGGCAAGGUGCCUUCUCUGCCUAAAGGAGCUGCAGUCUCCCUGAGGUAACAGGGAGGAGCUUAUCAUUUUUACCCUUUUCAUGUUUUCCCCAGCAAAACCAGAGCCUGUUCCCUUCUAGGAAGCAAGCCAAGCAGCCCACCUAGGGGCCUGGAGCCAAGAGGCCACAUUCAUCCCUCCCUGAGGGAGAAAAUGCCCUCCAAGAACAGGGCACCCUUGCUGUGUGGCCCUGGACAAACCACUUACCUGUCUGGGCCUCAGGCAACUCCCCAGGAUUAUAAAUUAGAGAGCAAGGACUGAUCUUCAUGGCUAGAAGGAAUUUCCCAUGACAAAGAAACAAACUCUUCCUCUCCCCCUCCCCUACCCACAUUGAACUGUGAACAUGCAAGCACUAUCACAACCCUGUGUAGGACUAGGGAUAGGGCUGAGUGUGGUGAUGCAAGUCUGUACUCCCUGCUGCUGGGGAGUCACUUGAACUUGGGAGUUCUGAGCUAUAGUAGGCCAAGCAGAUUGAUGUCAACACUAUCAUGCACCAACAGGGGGAGCUCUUGGAAGCAGGAACCCAAGGAUGGGCGAACUGACCCAGGUUAGAAAUAUAGCACACCAAAACUUCCAUGUAGCUCAGUAGUGGGAUCAAUGAUCAGGCCUAUCUGUGGUCACUGUACUUCUGGCCUGGGUAGGAUAGGUAUAUCCAGAGUCUCAAAAAAAAUGCAGCAGAGAUAGGGACAUAGCCAUACUAGAACAUCUGGGGUCAUUGCCUCAUUUGGAGACAAACACUUCUAGCCAGAAGCCCCCUGUCCCUCAUUGUGCCCCAUUAAUACAGCAUUCCUGAGCAAAGGAUAUUGUUGACAAGAGGGCCUAUACCACUUUCUCAGACAUGAAGAGGUCCCCAUUGCUAUUAGCCACUUUUAUAAAGUUUCCAUUGAUGCCAUCCAAUCAAUACUAUGCAGAAGUCCCUCUGACUCUUCCUCUUGCCCCUCACUACCACCCCCCAACACUCCACAAAUUUCCAUUCAUAGCUGUUUUGCUUCAGUGAACCCUGCUCCAAAAAGGUUGGGCUGGCCCAGCCUGAAAAAAGAAAAAACCUGGUUGGACUUGACUGAAGCCUUCCCUCACCACCAACCUUAACCACAUGUGUCUCUACCAUUGAUCCACUGAAGUGGGAGUGUAUGUGUCCAUCUGUAUCUAGUGAGCCAACGACCUAGAAAAUCUACUGUUAGAGGAAAGAAUGCUAGGAUAUACCCAGCACAAACUUGGGCCAGAGAGACUUGGUAGGAAUCAGCUAUACCAUCGUGCUGUCCAAAAAAUUUAAACUCAGAAGGCAAAGAACACUAUUGUCUGAGAAUUCACCAUACCUCACACUCAAAGUGCCAAAUUCUCUGGAUAGCACCUACUCAUGCCACCUCCCUGUAAGAUUGAUUAAGGUAAGAUUAGGAUGAGCUUCUUCAUUCCUAAUCCAGAAACAUCCUAGAGACCUAGAGGAUUUAUCUAGAAAUGAAGGUCCAGGACCACAACAAAGUAAAUGAAAACUUCAAGAACCAAAAUGGUGAUUGAUCCAGAAUGAUCUAGGGACAAAUAAGGAGGGAACAGGCCUUCCAGACUUCUGGAGAGGGCUGGGCAACCUGCACCCUCAGAUAUAUCUUAUGGUGCUCAGCCAAGCCUCUCCAGCCACCUACCACCUUCGGUCAAUGGUAAAUGAAGCCAACGAAAAGCCUGCCUGCUCCUGAGAAGAGAGCUAUGCAGACAAUUGUGAAGAUUCCCUGAGUUGGAACAUUAGUGGCAAGAAUGUAACCAAGCUUCCACUGACAGCCCUUCCGGGAAUGAUUCAGAAAGAGAGAAAAGGGAAAGAAAAGGGAAUAAUCCAGAAUUUCAAUGUUUUUGAAUGUUUCUAUUGAUACUGACCUGUGAGAUGCUGCCCUUUUCCCUCCUCAGGCCAGGGGU